AUGCCUAUGCUUGAAGAAUUGAGUGCAUCGGACUUGAUAGAGAUGCGGUCUUCCAAGCUCGAGCAAAGGGACACUCGCCAACAUGCACCUGAGCUCAAGCACCUUGAUGGGCUGAUCAAGGCAGUUGAGGUUCAAGCUGAGCCGCGCGACUGCAAUGCCCACAUCACGAUCAACUGUCUUCCUUCUGAAGUGCUCCGGGAGAUAUUCUUGAUGACCUGCAUCGUCAAGCUGGCUCGAUACAGAUCUUCGCACUAUGCAUGGCCAGACAUUACUACCGUCUGA